UUAACAUUUUCCGGAUACGGUUUCCACUCGCAAAUAUUGAAAUAGUAAAAAUGGCAAGAAGAAGACGGUGAUGGAAAUACCAGAAACGAACCCUUUCUCUAAUCUUGCUUCAGCGCUGCCCCCUGAAAUUUCCGGUAGCUAUUACAGCUCCGAUCCGCUCAUCCGAACAGGAGUUUUCCGUUAGGAAGAAUUCGGAGCUCGGAUUGAAGUUUAAGACGUUGAUUAUUGAGAGAAAUAAUGGUUCAUCACUCUAGCUUUGUGGAUGAGGAAGGAGUAAACAAGGCUUGUGGCUGCCCCUUACUUCCUUUGAAAAGUCAUAUAAAGGGUCCUGCUCCAGUUUCAGAUGAAGAUAAGACUGAUAUUGUAGAUGAAGCAAUUACAUUCUUUCGUGCAAAUGUCUUCUUUAGAAAUUUUGACAUUAAGAGCCCUGCUGAUAAGCUUCUCAUCUAUUUGACAUUCUACAUUAAUGUGGCUUUGAAGAGGCUUGAAGGUUGCAGAACUUUGGCUGUAGGAACCAAGGCAAUAAUUAACUUGGGUUUGGAGGAUGUUCCGGUGCCUGGAGAGUUGGGUUUCCCUUUUCCUGGACUCUUCCCUAUUCCUCAAUCUAACGAGGAAGCAGAUGUAUUCAGGAACUAUUUGAAGCAGAUAAGAGAGGAAACAAGUGGGAGACUCUUGAGUGUUGCCUAUAGAGCCAAUGGAACUCCAAAUAAAUGGUGGCUAGCAUUUGCAAAGAGGAAAUUUAUGAACAUCAUCAUCCCUUGACCAAAUUGCUUCCAAGACUGUUGUUGAUGUGAAAGUUCAUGCACCACAUGGGCUUUUAUAAUGAUGUGGUUUCUUCCGGCACUGACCUGAAUCUGAAUGUUAUAUUAGUUUAUGCUGAUGCAUAUCAAUUAAAAUUCAGCAGACUCUAGGCUAUAUACUUUUUGACCUUUUCUUUUAAUAAUGAUCUCAAAUGUAGUCUGCUGUCUCUUCACAAGUUUUGUACAUUAAUUACAUUAAUCCAUCUUAUUCAUGAGGAAUAGUUCAUGUCCAUGUUUCUCAUUGGAUUCAUAUACACUGUUUCUCUUUCUCAUUCUAUUCUAUUAAUCAAAGAGAUCUGAACCUUC